UACGUGAACGCACUACGGAGGCCGAUAAACAAAUGUGGGCGCGGGCUGUAUGGCUGGGCCUUCGCGGCCCUGGGGGUUGGCUCCGGGGCUUCACCUCCAAGGCGGAUCCUCAGGGAAGUGGCCGGAUCACGGCCGACGUGAUCGAGCACUUGGAGCGCCUAGCGCUUGUGGACUUCGGCAGCCGGGAGGCCGUGGCGCGGCUGGAGGAGGCCAUCACCUUUGCCGACCGUCUCCGCGCGGUGGACACCGACGGGGUGGAGCCCAUGGAGUCAGUACUGGAGGACAGAUGUCUAUACUUGAGAUCUGACAAUGUGGUAGAAGGCAACUGUGCUGAAGAACUACUACAAAAUGCCCAUCGAGUUGUGGAGGAGUAUUUUGUGGCUCCCCCAGGUAACAUCUCUUUGCCAAAGCUGGAUGAACAAGAUCCUUUUCCACACAGCUAAGUAGCUGUUCUGGGAAAGGGUACCUGUGAAUACACAGAAGCCCAUCCAACGAUAGUAUUUUACUGUGAACAUUAACAUCCCUACUUCCUUCAGUCAUCUGAAAAAAACCUGAUGGUUAAGUAUUUUUUACUAACUCUACUGAAGACAGAACUGGGAAAGAUCCAGCCAAAGCAAGGCAAUGAGUUCCUGAUGGUAAUGGAAGUAAAAGGUAUUGUCAGUUUCCAAGGAAAUAGAUCAAGUAUUUACUCACAGGCAAUUCAGUCUAUAAGACACUAUUCCCCCAUAUCUCCCAAAAUGACUGUCUGAAACUGCACUUAAGUGUAUUUUUUUUUUUGUAACUAUUAGACAUUGUGUCUAAUCAGUAUAUUCACAGCCCAGGUUGUCCUUUUUAGUUGCUCUUUCUGGCAACUCAAGCAGCCUUUUAUCUUUACUAAACAUACUCAGUUAUCCUGGGUACCCACUUUGUUCCAGGCAGAGGGCUAACUUUUUCCUAAAAUCUGAAGGGUAUUUAAAGUAGAUUCUACAGCUUGGGAACUUCUAACCUAGAACCAUCCACCAUGCCACAAAGUGAAUAUAUGCAAAAGGGAUACUGUAGCCACACCUAUAGUUUUUCUGAAAAGAACUGUAAAAAUAACCCUAAGACAGCUAACAAUACUAUACUGUAUACUAAAAAUUUGCCAAGAGGGUAGAUCUUAAAUGUUCUUACCACAUAUAAAUAUUAAAAGAGGGAAUUUUGAGAAGUGA